AUGGUCGCGGCCCACAAUAAGGAAUCCGUUAGAUUAGGAGAAGGUGUUAUGCCUUUGCAUGAGGCAGCCAAUCUCGAGGUCUCUCAGCUGCAUUGUAUGCUUCGCGACCUAGAGGAAAGGACAGCUAAAAAUAAGUUGGAUUUGCAUUCACGUUUAGCUUCUAGUGAGGCGGAGGUUUCUCGCCUCCGCCGUCUCCUUAACAUUCUAGCGAGUGGUGGUGCUCAGGGCUUGGGAGAACUCGACAGGACAUCUUUGGAAUUAGCCAAGGAAGCAGACUCGAUUCCGACAGGCUCAACCUCCGGCGCGUCAGACCCUUCAUCUAAGGUCCAACUCAGCAUCAGACCUGAUUCUAUGGUACCUGAACGCAUUUUGUCUUUGGAAGCCCAGAUUCACCAACUGACACAAUCCCUAAUGUCAAAACAGCACGCAUUUGAGACUGCAUUCUCAGAGAAUCAGACACUCAAGGUCAGUCCGCCAAAUUAA